GGGGGCGAAAGGCGGCGUGUGACCAUCGGCAUGGAGCUGGUCAUCUCCCCCCGGCUGCUGGUUCUGGACGAGCCCACAUCCGGUCUGGACAGCUGGGCGGCGUCCAACCUUGUCAUGACUUGCAAGGCGGUCGCGGCUCACGGGCGAGUGGUGGUGAUGUCGCUCCACCAGCCGUCGCCGGAGAUGGUGGACUGCCUGGACCGGUUGAUGCUGCUGGCGGUGGGGGGCCGACUGGGGUACUUCGGACCG